CCCCCAUAAUUUGUCUUUAGUUUUUAUACUUUCCUUCAUAUCAUUUGUUCUGUCAGGUGUUCCCUGGCCAUCGCCUUGCCCAUCUCCUUCCUCUCGCCCACCUUCUCGGUACCAAUCAGGUCCCAACUUUCUUCCACCUCGGGCAGCCACCCCUACAAGGCCGCCUUCCAGGCCCCCCUCACGGCCAUCCAGGCCCCCGUCUCACCCCUCUGCUCAUGGUUCUCCAGCUCCUGUCUCUACUAUGCCUAAACGCAUGUCUGCAGAAGGGCCACCACGGAUGUCUCCUAAGGCACAACGGCACCCUCGAGGUCACAGAGUCUCUACUGGUAGGGGUACAAUUUCAAGUGGCUUAGAAUUUGUAUCUCAUAAUGUACCAGGGGAAGCAUCUACUUCUACAGUGGCACGAGGCAGCCCAUCAGGUGGGACGUGGUCAUCAGUUGUCAGUGGGGCUAAAGAUUCCAGGCUUCAGGACCAGAGGCAGAAUUCUGCAACUGGAAACAAGGAAAAUGCUAAAUCAAGUGAGAUUUCUCCUAGCUUCACUAAACCUGAAAACAAAGGUGUAUCUUCAGUUGUUUCAGAACAUAGAAAACAGAUUGAUGAUUUAAAGAAAUUUAAGAACGACUUUAGGUUACAGCCAAGCUCCACCCUAGACACAGUGGAUCAACUGCUAAACAAAAAUCCAGAAGGUGAAAAAUCCAGAGAUGUGAUUAAAGAGAAAACAGAAUCAAACUCUGAAGAAUCUGUCAUUGAAACCAGCAGUAAUGCGAACUCUAACAGUGGCAGUAGCAAAUCAAAUAGUCCCAGUAUUUCUCCAUCAACUAGCAGUAGCUCUGAGCAGAAACGAGGACCAGUGGUAACCUCUCAGGGUGUACAGACAUCUGGACCUGGAAGUAAACAAGGUGGUAAAGAGGAUAAAGAAGAGAAGAAAGAUACCUCAGAGCAAAUUAGGAAAUCAACACUUAAUCCUAAUGCAAAGGAGUUCAACCCUCGAUCUUUCGCUCAACCCAAGCCUUCAACUACAUCAACCUCACCUCGUCCACAAGCUCAGCCUAGCCCUUCUAUGGUGGGUCAUCAACAGCCAACUCCUGUGUAUACUCAGCCCGUUUGCUUUGCACCAAAUAUGAUGUACUCAGUCCCAGUGAGCCCAGGCAUACAGCCUUUGUAUACUAUUCCCAUGACGCCCAUGCCAGUGAACCAAGCCAAGACCUAUAGAGCAGGUAAAGGUGAGAAUAAUACUGCCUCUUUGGAUUUAGACUGCAUGUAGCAUUAAUAG